AUGGCCGCUACAACCACCUCCUUGCGCCUCGCCCCUGCGUGCGCCACGCUGCGAGCAGACCCCGCGCAUUCGCUGAAAGGCGCAACCACCGUGAAAGCCGCUCCGAAGCGCCAAAGAGCCGGCGCAGCUCGCGCCGCCAUGAUGGAGGCGCCACCGGUCCCAAUGAAGAGCCACGAGGAGAAGAACCUGUACGUUCCUCCCUCUCUCUCUCUCCGCCCCUUCCUACCUUGCUUUCCAUUUCAUUCUGCUUUCGACUCCUUGUCCCCGCCGCACAUUGAGCAGAUCAAGGCGCUCUCACUAGUGACGGCGAUCAAGACGCCGUAUCUCCCGGACGGGCGGUUCGACAUCGACGCUUACGACUACCUGGUGCACCACCAGAUCGAGAACGGCACGGAGGCCAUCAUCGUGGGCGGCACGACGGGCGAGGGGCACCUCAUGAGCUGGGAUGAGCACGUGAUGCUUAUCGCGCACACGGUGAACUGCUUCGGCGAUCAACUCAAGGUUAUUGGGAAUACCGGCAGUAACAGCACGGGCGAGGCGAUGCACGCGACGGAGCAGGGCUUCGCGGUGGGCAUGCACGCGGCUCUGCAGAUUAACCCGUACUACGGCAAGACCAGCGUCGACGGAAUCAUUCAACACUACAAGGCGGUGCUGCCGAUGGGCCCCGCGAUUAUCUACAACGUGCCGGGGCGCACGGGGACGGACCUGACGCCCGACGUGAUCGAGGAGCUCGCCCAGCACGAGAACUUCGCGGGCGUGAAGGAGUGCGUCGGGAACGACCGCGUGUCGACGCACACCAGCAAGGGCAUUGUCGUGUGGAGCGGCAACGACGACCAAUGCCAUGAUGCCAAGUGGAAGCACGGCGCGAAUGGUGUUAUUUCCGUUCUCAGCAACCUCGUCCCCGCAACCAUGUCCUGGCGCGUGCCGUUCCAGCCCGCCCCCUCUGUCUCUCACACCACCAUGCCUCUUCCCACCGCCCUUAAUGCCGCUCUCGUCCCCACUCCGCUCUCGCGCGGCAUGCCCACGCCGCCUCUCUCCAUCCCCCUUCUUGCCCCUUCUACCUGUACCUCAUCUCUCCUGCAACGCCUCAUGCUGCCCGCAUCUCUCCCCCCCUCCCCCCCCCUCUUCCGCCUCCCCCCCUCAGGGCUGGUGCACGAGAUGCUGACGACGGGUCCGCACCCCGAGCUGAACGCGAAACUCGCGCCGCUCACCAAGUGGCUGUUCCUCGAGCCCAACCCCAUCGGACUCAGCACGGCGCUCUGCCAGCUCGGCCUCGUGCGGCCCGUGUUCCGCCUGCCGUACACGCCCUACAACGAGGCGCGGCGACGCGAGUUCGUGGAAAUUGUGAACAACAUCGGGCUGGAGCACUUCAUUGGCGCGAAGGAAGUGCGCGCGCUGAAGGAUGACGAUUUCCACCUCAUCACGCGCUUCUACUAG